CCAAGACCUCUCCGACCUCCGCUGCCCAGCAAUUUGGGGAUAUGUGAGUCAUGGGAAGAAUACAGGACAAACACGUCCUGAGAGCAGGAAAAGGCCACUCCUGUUUUUCCCGGUUUAUGAAGAUGUCCUAUGGUCCGUGAGGUUGGCAGUGCCCCAGUGGCAUCCCAUAGGAGCCCUGGCAAACGGGACGAACUUCCCGGAAUCUACCAGCUGCCAGACACGUGGGAGAAACCCCAGGCCUCCUGGGUCCUGGCUGUGGGCCUGGAUUGUGCUCCCAAGUGGUGUUUGGCUAAAACCAGAGACCCUCUUGCAAGAAAAGGUGUCUGGGGCCUGGAUGGAGAACACUUCUCUUGUCUAUGAGUAUGAGCACUAUGGCGAGAUUCCGGAUUUACCUGUGGACUGCCCUGAUGGCACCUGUGUCUCCAUCGACCCCCUCCGCAUGGCCCCACUCCUGCUGUAUGCUGCUGUCUUCCUGGUUGGGGUGCCAGGCAAUGCCAUGGUGGCUUGGGUAACCAGGAAAGAGACCCGCCAGAGUGUCAGUGCCACCUGGUUCCUCCACCUGGCUAUGGCGGACCUGCUCUGCUGUUUGUCUCUCCCCUUCUUGGUGGUGCCCAUCGCCCGUGGGGGCCACUGGCCAUAUGGGGCAGUGGGCUGUCGGGCCCUGUCCUCUGUCAUCUUGCUGUCCAUGUAUGCCAGCGUCCUACUCCUGGCUGCUCUCAGUGCGGACCUCUGUCUGCGGGCUCUCAGGCCCCCCCGGUGGGCUGUGGAUCAUCAGCGAGCGUGCAGGGUGCAGGUAGCCUGUGGGGCAGCCUGGACCUUGGCCUUGCUAAUGACUGUGCCCUCGGCCAUCUACCACCGCCUGCACCAGGAGCACUACCCACCUCAGCUGAAGUGUGUGGUGGACUACGGCGGCUCGGCUGUGGCUGAGAACACAGUGACCAUCACCCGGUUUAUUUUUGGCUUCCUGGGGCCGCUGGUGGUUGUGGCCAGCUGCCACGGUGUCCUCCUGUGCCAUGCGGCCCGACGCUGCUGGCCACUGGGCACUGCCAUCGUGGUGGGGUUUUUUGUCUGCUGGGCUCCCUACCACAUGAUGGGGCUGGUGCUCACCGUGGCUGCCCCACACUCCACGCUCCUGGCCCGAGCACUGCGGGCUGAACCCCUUGUCAUUGGACUCGCCCUUGCUCAUAGCUGCCUCAAUCCUGUGCUCUUCCUGUAUUUCGGGCGGGCUCAACUUUGCCGGUCACUGCCAGCUGCAUGUCGCUGGGCCCUGAAGGAGUCACGGAGCAUGGAUGAAACUGUGGUCAGCAGGAAAUCCACCAGCCAUGACCUGGUCUCAGAGAUGGAGGUGUAGGCUAACGGGAAGCUGAUGUGUAUCCUCCUAUCCCAUUUCACAAAACCGGCUUCAGACAUGUAGAUCCAGGGGCUCAAUGAUAUAUCAUCAUUUACUCCUGUAUUCAUUCAACAAACAUAUGUGCAAGGCCCUAUUAUAGGCACUGGGAUGUAGCAGGAACCAAAACAGACACACACGUCCCUGCCCUCAGGGAGCUGACAUUCUCAUGGAAGAAGACAAACAAUAAGCCAGGAAAGAAAGAAAUAUGAAAUACAUCAAGUGGUGAUAAGUACUAAACCUAAGGGAGACAGAGCUGAGUGGGGCAGGGAUAUAGGUCAGCCAGGAGAGGCCUCUUGGGUAAGGUGAUAUUUGAGCCAAGACCUGAAGAAGGGAGGGAGAAAAACAUUUCAAGCAGACGGAACAGCAAGCGCAAAGGCCUUGGGGCAGAAUGUGCUUGGCAUAGUCCAAGAACAGGAAGAGGCCAGUGUGGGUGGGACAGAGUAAGCAAGAGGGAGAGUGGUGUGAGACGAAGGGAGAGAGGCAGCGGGGAACAAACUUUGAAAGCCUUCUAGGCCAUAACACAUGUUUGGGGAUUCAUGGGAGGGCUCUGAGCUACCAUUACCAGAUAAAAAUACAAAAAUACCCAAUUAAAUUUGAAUUUCAGAUCAACAACAAAAAUUUUCAGCAGGAGUAUGUCCCA